UUGCUAAAGAAUAAGCCUGUACUAUGGAAAAAUAAGUCUUUUUCUUCCAAAUAUUUUUACGAAUACGCUUUUUUGACAUUGAAGUACGUUUUUUUGGAACUGCCAUUCAAAAAGGAAAUUACUUUUUUCUAGUUGUAUGUGAAAGACAUCUUUGGUAUUUAUACUCAGAUAUUGAAAGAUACUGAAAUUCUGAAUUAUUUUUUACUUUGUUUUAAUAAUAUAGAAUAUAUAGAAAGGUUUUCCGUUUAAAUCUAUUUAUAUAUAUUUAUAUAGUAAAGUAUACUCUAUAUAUAGAUAUAUGGUAUGGAAGCCUAUCCCCUAUAUAAGACGAGUGGAUAAAAAGAAGGGAAAAUAAAAAUAGUUAAUUAAGUUCAGAAUAGUAUUCCAUGUCUCUUAAACAAGGCAUUCUAAAACUUAGGUAAUUAUAGUCAUUAGGAUUUCAGUUCUAUAUGAAGUAACGACUAUUUGAUAAUUUAUUAUAAACAUGGGUUUUCUUUUUAUUGGAAUUCGAUUAAUCAGUUACAAAACAAGAGAGCUGUUUCAUCUUUGUUUUAAAGAAAUAUCAAAAUUAAUAGAAAGUAAAAAAAUGCAACCUUUUUUUUUAUUUUAAUAAAUAUCCUUAUUUAGGUAAUAACUAGGUAACGAAGUUAUUUGAUUAACUUUUUUAAUUUAAUUAAUUAAACCCAUUCUUCAUUUUUGCUUAUUCUUUUUAUUUAUUCCUUCAGAAAGAGAUAAGAAUUGGUUUGGUGAAUCGGAAACAAUUUUUUUUUAUAGAAAAAUUAAAGUAAAAAUUGCAAUUUCUUUUCUUAUGGAACAUACAUAUCAAUAUGCAUGGGUAAUCCCUCUUCUCCCACUUCCAGUUAUUAUGUCAAUGGGGUUUGGCCUUUUUUUUAUUCCGACAGCAACAAGAAAUCUUCGUCGCAUAUGGGCUUUUCCUAGUGUUUUAUUCUUAAGUAUAGCUAUGGUAUUCUCCAUUCAACUGUCUAUUCAACAAAUAAAUGGAAGUUCUAUCUAUCAGUACCUAUGGUCUUGGACCGUCAAUAAUGAUUUUUCCUUAGAAUUUGGAUACUUGAUUGACCCACUUACUUCUAUUAUGUUAAUACUAAUUACUACUGUAGGAAUCCUGGUUCUUAUUUAUAGUGAUGGUUAUAUGUCUCACGAUGAAGGAUAUUUGAGAUUUUUUGUUUAUAUAAGUUUUUUCACUACUUCUAUGUUGGGAUUGGUUACUAGCUCCAAUUUGAUACAAAUUUAUUUUUUUUGGGAACUCGUGGGAAUGUGUUCCUAUUUAUUGAUAGGCUUUUGGUUUACACGACCGAUCGCCGCGAGUGCUUGUCAAAAAGCUUUUGUAACUAAUCGUGUAGGAGAUUUUGGUUUAUUAUUAGGAAUUUUAGGUUUUUUUUGGAUAACAGGUAGUUUAGAGUUUAGGGAUUUGUUCAAAAUAGCUAAUAACUGGAUUCCUAAUAAUGGAAUUAACUCUUUACUUACUACUUUGUGUGCUUUUUUAUUAUUCCUUGGUGCAGUUGCGAAAUCUGCACAAUUCCCUCUUCACGUAUGGUUACCAGAUGCUAUGGAAGGACCCACUCCCAUUUCGGCUCUUAUACACGCAGCAACUAUGGUUGCUGCCGGGAUUUUUCUUCUAGCUCGGCUUUUUCCUCUUUUCAUAUCUCUACCUUUGAUAAUGACUUUAAUUUCUUUAGUAGGUACAAUAACACUUUUCUUAGGAGCUACUUUAGCUAUUGCUCAAAGAGAUAUUAAAAGAAGCUUAGCCUAUUCUACAAUGUCUCAAUUGGGUUAUAUGAUGUUAGCUCUAGGUAUAGGUUCUUAUCAAGCUGCUUUAUUUCAUUUGAUCACUCAUGCUUAUUCAAAAGCUU